AUGUCCUUCAGACUGACAAUCUUGCGGCACAUCGCGCAGAUGCACUCCCUUGGAACGUGCACAAAAAUGAGGCACGGGCAAGGUAAGCAGGGGAGCAGCACGACGAGGGACGGAGAGAAGGGGGAUGUCAAGGGAGGGGAGGGAAAAGAGCCGGGAGAUGCGGAGAAGAGAGGACAGGAGGCGGUGGUCAAGGGGAAGGAUGCGAGCGCGGCCACUGAGCGACCAGCAAAUCGCACGAGCCGACGACCGAGCUUAGUCGGCAGCCGGCUGGCUGCGAAGAGGGGACUCACGCCGCCGCACGUGACCACGUGA